UCUCGGUGGCGAGUCGGAGCGACCGUUUGUUGGGAUUACUGCCACCUGAUAGCGAUGCCUUCACAGAGCUGAGUGGAGGUGUGAGGGCCGGAGGCUGGAGGCUCAGACUGGAAGACACUGAGUGAGUGACAGGCCAGACUGAACAGCUUGAUGGUGGUUGUAAGAUAAACCAAACAGACCCAAGCCGAGGCCGAGAUGGCGUUACGACUGGGAUUCAGGGUCUCCCUGGUCUUGGUAAUCCUGGCCUUGACCCUUUCCAGUGAGACAGUGGAAGCACAGAGAGCAGGGUGUAAAAAUGUCCACUAUGACCUGGCGUUUAUUCUGGAUACCUCAUCCAGCGUGGGAAAGGAGAAUUUCGAGAAGAUCAGGCAAUGGGUGGCCAACCUGGUCGAGUCAUUUGACGUGGCGCCCGACAAGACGAGAGUGGCCGUGGUUCGGUACAGCGACAGGCCCACCAUAGAGUUCAACCUGGGGCGACACAGGACCCUGGAAGAUGUAAAGAGAGCGGCUCGGAACAUUCGCUACCUGGGCGGGAACACGAUGACCGGGGACGCCAUCAGCUACACCACCAACAACAUCUUCACCGAGCGAAACGGAGCGAGGCCCACGGCCAGAGGGAUCCAGAGGGUGGCCAUCCUUCUGACGGACGGCCGAAGCCAGGAUUACGUUCUGGAGCCAUCCAAGGCGGCCGCCAAAGCCGGCAUCAGGAUGUUCGCCGUGGGCAUCGGCGAGGCGCUGAAGGUGGAGCUGGAGGAGAUCGCCGCAGAGCCCAAGAACGCCCACGUCUUCCACGUGACGGACUUUAACGCCAUCGACAAGAUCAGGGGCCGGCUGAGGAGGCGGCUGUGCGAGAACGUCCUGUGUCCGAACAUGAAGGUCCAGCCCGACCGCUUCAAGCCCAACAGCACCAGCUAUGGUCUGGAAGAGGUUCCAGGGUUCGACCUGAUGGACUACUUCAACGUGAGAGAGAUUCUGGGGACCAGAGACGAUGACGGUCAGAGUGCGUACGUUCGCCUUGGCACCAUGCCCAUCGUGCAGCAAACAGAGGAGGUGUUCCCUCAAGGGCUGCCUGAUGAAUACGCCUUUGUGACGACGUUCAAGUUCAGGAAAACCUCAAGACGUGAGGACUGGUACCUCUGGCAGGUUUUUGACAAAUAUGGAAUCCCACAGGUGUCCAUCCGUCUGGACGGUGAGAACAAGGCGGUGGAGUAUAACGCUGUCGGACUCACGAAAGACGCCGUCAGAGCCGUGUUCAAGAACGCCGAGGUCGACAACUUGUUCGACCGCAACUGGCAUAAGAUCGCCCUCAGCGUGGAGGCCAAGUCCGUGUCCCUGUACCUGGACUGCAAGCACAUCCAGACGCUGCCCAUCGAGGACAGGGAGGACAUCGACAUCCAGGGGAAGACGGUGAUCGGGAAGAGGCUCUACGACAGCGUCCCCAUUGACUUUGACCUUCAGAGGAUGAUGAUUUACUGCGAUUCCAAACAUGCAGAGCUGGAAACCUGCUGCGAUCUACCAACGGGGCCUUGUCCUAAGAAAGUGGUGACGGAGGCGCCGCCGGUGGCGAUCCCCACCCCGACCCCCACCAGCGUGGAGCAGCAGCGAGGACCUCAGGCCAACUGCUCGUGUCCCGCCGGAGCCAAGGGAGACGUCGGCGCGCCCGGCGUCGCCGGUCCCCGGGGCGAAAAGGGUGAGACUGGUCCUAAAGGCGCUAACGGACAGCCGGGCAUCAAAGGAGAGAAAGGAGAGACUGGCAAAGUAGUCUCUGUCAAAGGAGACAGAGGCGCGAAGGGUGAUAGUGGCAGCAUAGGAUUGAAAGGUGCUGCUGGACAAAAAGGAGAGAAGGGUCUCGGUGGCGUGCCGGGUAUUGACGGCCUGUCUGGCGACAAAGGAGACAGAGGGGAGGCGGGACUGCCUGGUGAUCAGGGGCUGCCCGGUCCAGCUGGACUGAAGGGAAUUCAGGGAGACGCAGGAAGUCCCGGUGCCCCUGGACCGAAAGGCGUCAUCGGUGACGCAGGUGUAAAAGGUGAAAAAGGAACACCGGGGACCAGGGGUGAACCGGGCCUGGAUGGAUUUCCUGGAAAACCCGGUGUUCCUGGGAAAGAUGGGCUGAGAGGACUCACUGGAGCGCCCGGGCCGAGCGGGAUCAAAGGCGGCAAGGGCGAGAGAGGCCUUCCCGGAUUACCUGGCGAUGUGGUGCAAAAAGAAGGCUUGAGGGGUGAAAAGGGAGAAGCCGGACCUCCGGGGCCUCCAGGGCCGGAGGGGCCCCAAGGGGCUCCGGGUCCUCCAGGGGUGCAGGGUCUACCUGGUGAGCCUGGAGAGUUUGGCCAGAGGGGAAAGAAAGGUGAAAGUGGGCUUCCAGGAGUGGACGGCCUCCCUGGACCUCCUGGUGCUCAGGGUCCGGCCGGGCCUGCAGGAGCACAGGGACACCCCGGACCUCCUGGUCUCCCCGGUGAAAUCGGAUUUUCAGGCAAACCCGGAGAGUCUGGAAAGCCUGGUCUUCCGGGUAAAGACGGUCUGGACGGGCUUCCUGGAAACGACGGCGCCACGGGUCCUCGGGGGGAACGCGGGACGGACGGGUUCCCCGGUAAACCCGGACCAAAGGGUGACGACGGACCUCCUGGACCAAGAGGACCUCCUGGAGAGAGGGGCGAAGCGGGUUCCCGAGGACAGCCCGGUGCAGACGGAGCUCGAGGAGACCGAGGCAUCCCGGGCGAGCGAGGGCCGGAGGGAUCCCUGGGACCCAAAGGGGAAAAGGGCGACAAGGGGGAGGUCGGAGCCCGAGGACUGCCCGGAGUGCCGGGGAACGUGGCGAACGUCAUCCCGGAGCCCGGAGAACCGGGAACGCCGGGAGCCAAGGGAGAGAAAGGAGACCAGGGAAAACCAGGAGAAAUGGGCCCCCGAGGUUUACCCGGCGAGCAGGGUUUUAAAGGACAGCCUGGACUGCCAGGUCCGAAGGGAGACACGGGCCUCACCGGAGAGACGGGUCGUGUUGGAGACCCUGGCCCCCCCGGCGUCGCCGGCCCUCAGGGGCUCCGCGGAUUACCAGGCAACGUGGGAAUCCCGGGAACCAUCGGGCCUCCUGGACCAGCUGGACUCAGAGGGGAGAAGGGUGAAAUGGGUAAAACAGGACAACCAGGACCCCAGGGCCCGGCUGGGGACCCCGGUCCAAUCGGCCAACCCGGACCGGCGGGGAAGGGCAAAGAAGGGCAAAACGGAGAACCUGGACCUCAGGGAAUCCAAGGCCCCCCAGGGCCAAAGGGUCUGCCGGGGUCUCAAGGAGAACCAGGAUUACCGGGGGACAGGGGCCACGCAGGAGAGGGCAAAGUGGGACCGCCGGGAGUUCCUGGAAAACCUGGCGAACCUGGAGCUGCGGGUUUGAGGGGUCCUCCGGGAGUGGCUGGUCCUCAAGGUCCGGCAGGACACAAUGGUCUGCCUGGAAGGCCUGGAGAGAAGGGAUCACCUGGAGAGCCUGGGAAGGCAGCGGACCUGUCUGAGCUCAACCUGAAGGACGUCUGCUCCGACUGCCCCGCCGGCCCGCCCGGACCGCCCGGACUCCCCGGAGUACCCGGAGACAAAGGACACACAGGGCCUCCUGGGAAAAGCGGCCAGGACGGAUACCAAGGCCCGCCGGGACCAGCCGGACCUCAAGGGCCCCCUGGAGCCGACGGAGGAAAGGGGAUAAAAGGUGACCGUGGACCUGCUGGAGGCCCUGGAGAGAAAGGAGAUAAGGGUCACCCCGGACCGCCGGGCCACCCGGGUCCUGCCGGAUUGAUGGGUUCUAUUGGCACCGAUGGACAGCCCGGCCCCGCGGGUCCCCCGGGAGCCCCCGGAGAAAAGGGCAAAGAGGGUCUCAAAGGAAUCCAGGGCCCACCAGGCCUCCCCGGCUUGAUCGGCCAGCCCGGGAAGAUGGGAAAAGACGGCAGAGCAGGUGAAACAGGAGAGCCUGGCAAGCAAGGUGAACCGGGGCCCCCAGGUAACCCCGGACUGCGGGGACUUCCUGGCUUCAAGGGCCACAGAGGAGAGCCCGGACCUCCAGGAGCGAAGGGAGAAGACGGGAAGACCGGCUCACCUGGACGAGACGGCAAACCUGGAAAAGAGGGCCUGAAGGGACCUCCGGGUCCUGAUGGGUUACUGGGACCAAGAGGCGAGCCGGGUAAACCUGGUGAACCAGGACCAGCAGGAAAAUCGGGUCUCCCUGGAACUCCGGGUCUCAGGGGAGACAAAGGAGAGCCCGGCAACCCGGGAUUACCAGGCUUUAGCGGGCCUAAAGGCCCCGCGGGUCCACCUGGUCCCAUCGGCCCCGAGGGAAAACAGGGAAUGCCCGGCAGAAUCGGUGAUCGUGGAAAUAAAGGCGAUAGGGGAGACCCAGGCACGAAGGGAGACAAAGGACAAUCGGGAGAGCCAGGAAUGCCCGGAAACCCAGGACCCCCCGGGAGAAAGGGCCACACGGGGAUGAUGGGCAUGUCGGGACCGCCGGGAGAGAUCGGAGCCCCGGGGCCGCAGGGGCCUUCAGGAAACCCCGGACAGCCCGGCCCCAGGGGGGAGUCGGUGUCGCUGGAGCAGGUGCGGCGGCUCAUCCAGGAGGAGCUCGCCAAACAGUUAGACGCCAAAAUGGCGUACCUCAUGGCUCAGAUCCAGCCGGCCCAUGUGAAGAGCACCAUGGGACGCCCCGGGCCCCCGGGCCCUCCCGGUAAGGACGGCAGUACGGGGCGACCCGGACCCCCCGGUGAACCCGGGAUGCCUGGACAGAAUGGAGGAGAGGGACCCAGGGGACCCAUGGGCCCCAAGGGCGAAAAAGGAGCAACGGGUGAAAAGGGAGAGCCAGGUGUUGGCGAUAGAGGAGAACAAGGCCCUCCUGGUCCGAUAGGUCCAGCAGGUCUUCCUGGUUACGGUAAAGACGGCAGUCCGGGACAAGUCGGCGCCCAAGGCGAGUCGGGGAAUCCCGGCCCCCAUGGCCAGCCCGGCCCCCCCGGUCCCCCGGGCCAGUGCGACCCCACCCAGUGCGCCUACUACGCCAGCCUGGCGCAGAGACCCCACACCAAGAAUGUCAAAGGGACUUAAAGGGGAGCGGACCUGGACCUGGCUGUAUUUAUGAACUCGGUGGUGUCGGUCUGAAUCAAGAACUUAUUCUUUUUUUCUUUUUUGUUUUCGUUUUUUGUUUUCUUUUUUUGGUACCAACGCUACAGACGGAUUCACAACGUGGGACUUCUUUCACUUUUCCAUUAAGGGGGCACAGAGGGCAGCUAAAGAGUUUUCCUCGUCACGUGCAUGCUUCCUGUAAUACAUAUAGGGAGAUUAAUGAGGACGCUGCCAUGCCCCCCCCCCCCCACCCCCCCCCCCCCCACCCCCCCUUGUUACCAGGACGGGAGAUCAGCAACCCGAUAAACGGUAUCGUUUCAUCAGUAAUUAUCUCCAGAGUUCAUGCAGGCGAUUUCCUGCCAUCCUCACAUCGUCCCGCAGUCCCGUCACCACUCCGUCCAUCGGUCUCCUGGCAGGGAUCCUCUCAGUCCAGAGAGAUAUCUGUUUUACUGUCAGUGACAGGAAACAGUUGGGGGGGCGGGGGCGGGGGCGGGGAGUCGAUGGGAGGAGCAUUCAAUGAGCUCCAGCAAGGAAGUGAUGAAUCAACCACGUUGAGACUUUUCUCUUCUUGGUAAGUGGCUUAAAAGUGUAGUAGGUAACAUUUGACUAAUGCCACUGUGGUGCAAUAGGUGGCAGCAGAGAGUAAGUUCUGUCUCA